GACCCCGAUACACGGCUUCUCCCUCACGCACUGUCUGUAACGUCUGUAACGUACUUACCAAACCAGAGUGGGUGACCACACAGGUUUUUUCAUUACUCAUAAAAAACAAACAUCCUUACACAUUCAGUUUCAAAUCCUUACAUGAGCAAGGGGAAGUAUGGAGCGUCAUUUUAACUUUUGCUAUAUUGAGUUUUAUACCCUAAUGCUGUCCUGCUAUGUGUUUGCAUAACAACUUCUAGCAAUUAUGCAUUUUUGCAAUUUUCAUUUUGCAAUUUUCAUUCUGUUUGUAGUUUUCAUUUUAAAGGAAUGUCCUUUUUUUCUUAUGUGCAAACCGUGAGUAUGCGGUCGCCACCAACAGCUAAGCAAAUAGAACAUGAACAAGGACAAGGAAAGUUAUGCAAUGUUGGAAUUGCUUUUUUAAGUGAGAAAGCAAUAAUCACACAGAACAGACACACGAAUCCUCACUGAAUGGCUUUGUGGAAAAAAAAAUAACAAUAACUGUAGUAACACAUUGACAUUGAAUGAGAAACAUUAAUGAGAACAAAUAACACAGGAUGACUGAAAGCAGCGGGUGAUGAAUAGGUCACACGCACCACACAAACCGCACACACACAGGCCCCGCUCCUCCCUAUAGUGCCCAGCUGGUCAACUAUGCUAUUUCCCACAAUAACACCUCGUGGCUGUGUCCACUCAGUAAAGCGAGGCUGAGCACCUCUUCUGCUUGAUAAACGUAUCAUUAGCACUGGGGAAACAAUUUGGAACAUGGAGUACAAAUUCAUCAAGCUCCUGCUCCUUUUGGGCAUCUCCAGUUUGAGCAGGGGCGCAAUCCAGCGACCGGACUACGACGACACAGCCACCCCGGAGUUCCUUAACCCGUCCUGGAUGGCAAGCAUCCCCGACGAGCGGCCCCUGUCCGAGCUCACCAUGCCCGGCACCCAUAACACCAUGGCGCUUUACGGCGGCGUCUAUGCCGAGUGCCAAACGUGGAGCCUGGAUUUGCAGUUGCGCGCCGGCGUCCGCUUCCUGGACGUGCGCGUGCGCCACGUGGAUGGCAACCUCACCAUUCACCACGGCGUGGUGUACCAGCACGCCCACUUCGGCCAGGUGCUGGAGGGCGUGCAAGAAUUCCUGGCCAGUUUCCCGAGCGAGACGGUGCUAAUGCGCAUCAAGGAAGAGCUGAGCAAGACCGAUAACAUCUACGGGGCCGUGGUGGAGCACAUAUGGCGCUACGCUCGAUGGGACAUGCUGUGGCACAGCCGCCUGGUGCCCACCAUGGGUCAGGCGCGAGGUAAGCUCAUCAUCCUGCAGGACUUCUUUGGGCCAGACUUGGGGAUGCGCUACGCCUCUAUGGACAUUGCUGAUGACUGGAAGGUCCCCACACUUCUGCACGUGAAGGAGAAGUGGCAGAGUGUCUACGAGCACCUUGAGAUGGCGCCCACGGGGAAUAAGGACCAGAUCUUCCUCACCUACAGCAGUGGCACGGGCGUCUUUGCCGCCCCGAGAGCGGUGGCACAACGUGUCAAUCUUCAACUGUACGACUACUUGAGGGCCAAGGCUAAUCCGAGCCAACGCUUUGGUAUCAUAUGCAUGGACUUCCCCGCUGCUCCCAUGAUUCAAACAAUUAUUGACUUCCAGCUUGAGGCGGAAGUGGGCCAGCUACCUUUGAAGCGGCUUGCUGUGCAAUUUAAUGACAAAUAAAUCCUCAGCGCAACUGA